AAGUGACCACAAGCCAACUCAAAAGAAGGAAGAAAAUAAACACAAAUAAAGAAAGAAGAGAGAGAGAAAGAUUUCUGCCCUCCCUGAAGUGCUUCCAGAGAAAAAACGCUUACUGCAUCAGUUACAAUAAGGACGUGUUUGGCUGGUGAGAAAAUACAGUAGAAGAAGUCGGUCAUUUCAGGUAAGCAACAAUGGAAGCCGGUGGCCGGAUGACAGUCGCCAACGGUAAGCACGCGGGGAAGGAAAGCCCUAUCAGGCGUGCACCUUAUACGAAGCCUCCUUUCACUCUUAGCCAAUUGAAGAAUGCCAUCCCGCCUCACUGCUUCCAGCGCUUGCUCUUCCGGUCAUUCUCCUACGUUGUUUAUGACCUUACCUUGGUGUCUAUCUUCUACUGUAUUGCCUCCAAUUAUUUCCCUCUCCUCCCUUAUCCGCUUAGCUACUUUGCGUGGCCCUUUUACUGGAUUUUACAAGGCUGUGUUCUCACUGGCAUCUGGGUCAUAGCCCAUGAGUGUGGUCACCAUGCCUUUAGUAACUACCAAUGGGUUGAUGACACCGUUGGCCUCAUCCUCCACUCCGCCCUUUUAGUCCCCUACUUCUCGUGGAAGUACAGUCACCGUCGCCACCACUCAAACACUGGUUCUCUCGAGCGAGAUGAAGUAUUCGUCCCCAAAACCAAGUCCCAAACCCCAUGGUUUUCCAAAUACUUAAACAACCCUCCGGGGAGAGCUUUCACCCUUCUAGUCACACUGACUCUCGGCUGGCCUUUGUAUUUAAUCUUCAAUGUUUCAGGCAAGCCUUAUCAUCGUUUUGCGUGCCAUUAUGAUCCCUAUAGUCCCAUAUACUCAGAUCGCGAAAGGAUUCAAAUUUUCAUUUCUGAUGCUGGCAUCUUCACCGCAAUAUAUGUUCUCUACCUUGUGGCAAUGGCGAAAGGGCUAGCUUGGCUUGUAUGCAUUUAUGGAGUUCCAUUACUUAUUGUCAAUGGCUUCCUCGUCUUGAUCACAUACUUGCAGCACACGCAUCCGGCACUGCCACACUACGACUCGUUAGAAUGGGACUGGCUGAGAGGGGCUCUGGCGACUGCAGACAGAGACUAUGGGGUGUUGAACAAGGUUUUCCAUAACAUUACAGAUACACAUGUAGCUCACCAUCUCUUCUCCACCAUGCCACAUUACCAUGCGAUGGAGGCGACCGAAGCAAUCAAGCCAAUAUUGGGUGAGUAUUACCAAUUUGAUGAUACUCCAUUUUACAAGGCAAUGUGGAGGGAAGCUAGAGAGUGUAUUUAUGUUGAGCCGGACGAGGGUUCUCCGGCAAAAGGAGUUUUCUGGUAUCGGAACAAAAUCUGAUAUUGCUUCGGUCGGCCGAGGUUGAAUAACAAGCAAUGCUAUCUAGUAGUUGCACCCUAGCAGUAUCUGCAGUAUGGUUGUGGUUGCAUGUAAUGCCUAUAAAUGAAUGAAAAUUACGCAUUAUUUGUUAAAUAA